AUGAAGAAUAGAUGUAAAGUGCUAGAAUUAAUACAUUGUUCCAUCGGUACUGAUGAAAAGCAAUGUACAAGUACUUGGAGAGCUUAUAAGUACAGCUUGUUAGCUACAUUUACAAAUGACACUACUGAUUUCAAACAGCAGUUUGGCCUUGGAAAGAUGGAGUCGAAGGCAAUUCAUUGCUUCCUAAUACUCUUAAUAAUAUCAUCAAUUUGUGAUGCCUCAAGAUUGAGUCAAUUAAACAAGACUCCUCUCAAGUCUAUUGAGAGCAAAGAUGGUGAUGUGAUCGAUUGUGUACAUAUCUAUCAUCAACCAGCAUUUGAUCAUCCUUUACUCAAAGACCAUGUCAUUCAGAUGAGACCGAAACAUCAACCAGAAGGUCUGCUUGCUGAGAACAGACAGUUGAACCGUAGGAAAUCAAUCACUCAGUUAUGGCAAUCGAGUGGAAGCUGCCCCGAGGAAACCAUUCCCAUCAGAAGAACCAAACAGGUGGAUGCCUCAGGCGCAAGCUUUAUUCCGAGCAUUAAUCUUCAUAAUAAGGGAGCUAAUACAGAACUCAUUGGCCAAGCUCCAACCCUGCAGUUUGUUGCUGCACUUGUUGGAGAUGACCAGUAUCAUGGAGCAACAGCGAACAUAAAUGUCUGGGAACCCCAAGUUCAACAAUCUAGUGACUUUAGCUCGUCUCAACUCUCGUUUACGGCAGGUUCUGAUGUAUCAAAUUUUGACAGCAUUCAAGCGGGUUGGCACAUCCAUAAUUCUCAAACCAUUGGAUGCUUCAACUUGCUCUGCUCAGGCUUUGUCCAAACCAGCAAUGAAAUCGCACUGGGAGCCGCCAUUUCCCCUCUCUCCACCUUCCACGGUGCCCAAUUUGGAGUCGAUGUUCUUAUAUUUAAGGAUCCAUCUCAAGAUGUUUGGUGGCUACAUUAUGAAGGCACGCCAAUUGGUUACUGGCCAAGUAAAUUGUUUGCGGACCUAGCAAACACUGCUUCAGUGAUCACAUGGGGUGGUUCUGUUUUAAGCUCAGAAUCUGAUGGGCAACAAACUACUACACAAAUGGGCAGUGGCCAUUUUCCUGAAGAAGGGUUUGGUGGGGCAAGUUAUAUGAGGGAUCUAUAUUUGGUGGAUGAAUCUUUGAAGUUAAAGCCCCUUGGUAACCCAACCACCUCCGCAAAGCAGCCAAAUUGCUAUAAUAUAACACUUGGAAGAAACGAAGGUGGGGGAGAUUUCAUUUUCUAUGGUGGACCUGGGAGAAAUCCUAAUUGCCCAUGAUCAAGUUCAAAAGA